GCCUGGGUUACCUGCACGGCCAGGGGGUGAUCCACAGGGACAUCAAGGCCUCCAACAUCCUCCUGAGCUGCCCUGGACUGGUCAAACUGGGCGACUUCGGCUCGGCCUCGGUGGCCACCCCGGCCAAGUCCUUGGUGGGGACCCCGUACUGGAUGGCUCCCGAGGUGAUCCUGGCCAUGGAGGAGGGGAUUUACGACGGACGCGCCGACGUUUGGUCCCUGGGGAUCACCUGCAUCGAGCUGGCUGAGCGGAGGCCGCCCCUGUUCCAGCUGAACGCGAUGAGCGCCCUGUACCACAUCGCCCAGAGAGAGCCCCCGGCCCUAAAACAGCCCCACAGCUGGUCGGAGGAAUUUCGGGAUUUUGUUUCUCGGUGCCUCCGGAAGCUUCCGCAGGAACGGCCCCGAGCGCGGGAGCUGCUGCAGCACGGGUUCCUGGCCCAGGAGCGCCCCCCGGGGGUGGUCCCAGAGCUGCUGCGCAGAACCAAGAUGGCCGCCAGGGACGAGGAUCCCCCCAGCCCCUCCCCCAGCAUUCCCAGUUCUCCCAGUAGCACCAGUGACCCUCCCAGUCUGGGGGACCCCGAGGACGACGCCGAGGGGGGAGGGGAGGGACCCCCCGGGACCCCCCCGCAGGACGACGCCAUUUCCGCCAUCUUGUCCCCUCCGGCCGCCAUUUUGUCCCCCCAAAACCCCCAAACCCCUUCAACUUUACCCUCCCCAAACCUCAUUUUUUCCACCCAAAAUCCCAUUUUUUCCACCCAAAAUCCCAUUUUUUCCACCCAAAACCCCAUUUUUUCCACCCCAAACCCCAUUUUGUGCCCCCCAACCCCUCCCUCAUCCCCCUCCGCCGCCGUUUUCCCUCCUUCCCCUCAGGCCGCCAUUUUGUCUUCGACCUUUCAAAACCCAAAUUUAAUCCCUCAAAACCCAAAUUUAUCCCCUGAAAACCCAAAUUUAUCCCCCGAAAACACAAAUUUAUCCCCUGAAAACCCAAAUUUAUCCCCCCCCGACCCAAAUUUCCCCUCACAAAACCCCGUUUUACCUUCGGGGGACCCUCCACCACCCCACCCCACCAUUUUACCCUCGCAAAAUCCCUCUUUAACCCCUCAAAAUCUCAUUUUAUCCACACCGAAAACCACUUUAUCCCCUCAAACCUCCGUUUUAUCGCCCCCAGCCUCAAAUCCCCCCUCAGAAAAUCCCUUUUUACCACCCCCAGACCCAAACUCCCCCUCACAAAACCUCCCUUUCUCUCCGGCCGCCAUUUUGUCCCCUCAGUCCUCCAUCUUGUCCCACCCCACCCCUUCCAUUUUCCCACCUAAAAACUCCAGAUUUUUACCCAAAACCCCCGUUUUUUCCCUCAAAACGCCCGUCCCUUUUCCCAAAAACUCCCAACCUCCCCGCCACCUUUCCUUUCACCUUUCUCCCACCCCUCGCCGAGCCACCAUUCCCCUCCCAACCCCUUCCCUCCUCCCUCACCUCCUCUGCUCCCUCUUGGCCUUCACGGCCGCCAUUCAUCCCUCACCCCCAUCCCUCCUCCUCCUCCUCACGGCUCUUUGGGCUCAAAAACGACGAUUUUGGGGUUUCCUUUCGGCGUUAGAAUCCGGCGCCACAGGUUUGGUUCUCGUUCACGCCCUCCUCCCCCUCAGUCCUCACCUCGGAGGUUCCUCUUUGGGACCUUUGGCCUUGUCCGCGGGAGUCGCCGCCAUUUUAGGCCUCAACGUUCGUCGCCGUCGACUUUACGUCCCCGUCAUCGUUUUAGCCGCUCAACUUUGGUUUUCCCCUUGGUUAUUUUUACCUCUUUAUAUUUUGGGAGAAAUUUCACGCGACGGACGAGCUCAUCGUUUGUGGUUUCGGGGGAUUUUAGGUUUACCUCCUCCUCUUUUUGGAGUUUUUUCACGUUUGGGUUUAGUAUCAGAACGAGGACUUUUUCGAUUUUUCCCUAAAACGAACAAAAUGAGGUUUAGGAGUCGUCUUCCCGUAGCUCAAAAACGUUUUCGAGGAGGGAUUUCGGCGUCGUCGGCGUCGGCGUCGCGGGGUUUUUGGGGAGGGUUGGAAAUUUUCGGGAGGCGUUUUGGGGUUUUUUUAGUUAAAGCGGGGAGGUUUUUACAAAGAUUUUUUUGGGGGAAAAGCUCCCCUCCCCCACCCAGCAGGAUCCCCCGUCCUAGUCCUCGACCCAUCCCCCCACCCCAAAAAAAGGGAUCCCAAAAUCGGGGAUCCCACCCCGCCCCUCCCCCACCCCCCAGGCGACCAUGGAGGUGAUUUGAUUUUAUUUCAUUUUAUUUUAUUUUAUUUUAUUUUACUUUAUUUUAUUUUAUUCUAUUUUAUCUUACUUUAUUUUAUUUUACUUUAUUUUUUUAUUUUAUUUCAUUUUAUUUUACUUUAUUUUAUUUUAUUUUACUUUAUUUUAUUUUAUUUUAUUUUAUUUCAUUUUACUUUAUUUUAUUUUAUUUUAUUUUACUUUAUUUUAUUUUACUUUUAUUUUAUUUUAUUUUACUUUAUUUUAUUUUAUUUUAUUUUACUUUAUUUUACUUUUAUUUUAUUUUA